CAAAAAGUAAAAAGUAAAAUUCACUGAACUUUGAGGGGUUGAAUCUUAGAGAUUGAGAAAAAAUGUAAACUUAUCGUUUUUAUGUCUGUUAAAAAAAUACAGCAGCUUGACAUUUACUGUCCUCUGGGGUUUUGAGUCAGAGUAAGAGGUUGUAUUGUUUUUAUUUUCGCUGUGCUUCAGUGUAAGCGCUUUAUCAUGUGGAAGUCCUACCAUGUAAUAAUUUUAUAAUGAUUUCAGAGUAGUUUGGUUUCCUCAGUCACAUGUAAGUUUAUACACAGCUGUUGAGGUGCUUCAAACAAACAUGGCGGGUGUUAUCCGGAGGCUCGAUGAGACUGUUGUCAACAGGAUCGCAGCGGGAGAAGUUAUCCAGCGUCCGGCCAACGCAGUAAAAGAAAUGAUGGAAAACUGUUUGGACGCCAAGGCCACCAACAUCCAGGUGACGGUGAAGGACGGAGGCCUGAAGCUCCUUCAGAUCCAGGACAACGGCACAGGGAUCAGGAAGGAAGACAUGGAGAUUGUUUGUGAGAGGUUUACCACCAGCAAACUCCAGACCUUUGAGGACCUUUCAGCUAUUGCAACCUAUGGAUUCAGAGGAGAGGCUCUUGCCAGUAUUAGCCAUGUGGCUCAUGUGACCAUAACAACCAAGACAGCUGAUGCAAAGUGUGCUUACAGAGCCAGCUACAGCGAUGGCAAACUAAAAGGCCCUCCCAAGCCCUGUGCCGGUAACCAGGGGACCCAGAUCCUCGUGGAGGAUCUUUUCUAUAACGUGUCCACCAGGAGGAAAGCUCUGAAGAGCCCAGGAGACGAGUACUCUAGGAUUGUGGAGGUGGUCAGCAGGUACGCUAUACACAAUUCAGGAAAAAGUUUCUCAGUCAAAAAGCAAGGAGAGACGGUGGCGGAUGUGAGGACGCUUCCUAACGCGUCGGUCGUGGAUAACAUCCGCAGCGUUUUCGGCAACGCAGUCAGCAGGGAGCUGAUCGAAGUCGGCUGCGAAGAUCAGAAGCUCGCGUUCACGAUGAAAGGCUACAUCUCCAAUGCCAACUACUCUGUGAAGAAAUGCAUCCUGGUCCUGUUCAUCAACCAUCGUCUGGUGGAGUCGAGUUCUUUGAAGAAAGCAGUUGAGACGGUUUAUGCUGCGUACCUUCCCAAGAACACGCACCCCUUCCUGUACCUCAGCUUGGAAAUCGCUCCACAGAACAUAGAUGUGAAUGUUCACCCAACAAAACAUGAAGUGCAUUUCCUGCACGAGGACAGCGUGAUCGAGAGCGUCCAGAAACACAUCGAGAGCAAACUCCUGGGCUCCAACUCCUCUCGCACAUAUUUCACUCAGACGUUGCUACCAGGGUUGCCCGUUUCCGGUGGAACUGAAGUAAAAGCCUCCAGCUCCACCGCUGAGUCUGCCGAGCGCGUCUACGCCCACCAGAUGGUGAGGACCGACUGCCGCGCCCAGAAACUGGACGCCUUCCUGCAGCCGAAAGAAAGGCCACCCCCUGACCCAGAGACGGCCGGUCCCAGUGGGGUUCAGACGACGACCGGAACCGCUCGGCUGGACUGUGUGGAGAUGGACGACGCAGACAUGCUGGAGGCUGUGCCUGUGCAGGAAGCACAGGUGGCAGAAGGUGAAGAGGAAUGCAGCGUCACUGCUGAGGAUGUUCACAGGAAGCGGCCGAGAGAAGAGAACCGGCAGCUUCAAGAGAAGAAGGGGGAUGAGGCGCUGACGGCUGCAGCCACGCCCAAGAGAAGGGUGAUCAAACUGACCAGCAUCAAGGAGCUGAGAGCGGAGGUUACAGAGAACACACAUAAAGGUCUACAGGAAAUGCUGCAGAAACACUCAUUUGUGGGUUGUGUCAAUCCACAGUGGACCUUGGUCCAGCAUCACACUAAACUGUACCUGCUCAACACCACCAAGCUGAGUCAGGAGCUUUUCUACCAGAUUCUCAUCUAUGACUUUGGAAACUUUGGUGUCCUCAGACUGUCUACACCAACACCUCUUUAUGACCUGGCCAUGCUGGCUUUGGACUCUGAGGAGAGCGGCUGGACUGAGGAGGAUGGGCCGAAGGAGGGCCUGGCUCAGUACAUAGUGGACUUCUUGAAGAAGAACGCGGAAAUGCUGGAGGACUACUUCUCCUUGGAGAUAGAUGAGGAUGGAAACCUAACCGGACUGCCUCUCCUCCUCGACAAAUAUACGCCUAUCAUGGAAGGCCUCCCGAUGUUCAUCCUCCGCCUUGCCACUGAGGUAAACUGGGACAACGAAAAGGAAUGCUUCAGAGACUUCAGCAAGGAGUGCAGCGCCUUCUACUCCAUCAGGAAGCAGUACGUCCUGGAGGCCGAGCCAGGGGAGGAACCGGACGCUGACGGGAAUUCCUGGCGCUGGAAAGUUGAGCACGUCCUCUUCAAAGCUUUCCGAACUCUCUUCAGUCCUCCGAAAGACUUCAGCGAGGACGGCACCGUGCUGCAGAUCGCAAACCUGCCCGACCUCUAUAAAGUAUUUGAGCGGUGCUGAAGCCGGCCUCCAGAAGGGACCGAAGGCACCACCUGCUGCUGUUUUAUACCUGAAACACUUGUUCUGUAAAUAAAUGUAUACCAAACAAGA